AUGGUGCAGCACGGUCCCGCGGGCGCUGGCAGAACCACGCUGGCAGAGCGGCCGAUGCUGGACUGGCCGCGGGACAGCGCGGCGGAGACCUCGGGCCCCGCCUCCCGCCUGCGCUGCGGGGCGCUCGGCCGCGGGGGCGCGCGCACGCUUGCAGAGCUGCCGGCCGAGGGCCGCCCGGCUCCGCGCGGCGCCGGCCCGGAGGCGCUCGCCCGGGCGCGGAGAGCCCCGCGCCUCGCCGACGGCUCUGACGGGCUGAGCGGCGCCGGGGAGCGGCGGCGGCGGCAGCCGGCGCCCGUCCCGCUGGGGCGCCCGCCGACGCGGCAGGGGGCUCCCAGGGCCGCGCUGCCGGCCACCACGCGCGCGGGGGCCCCGCGGCAGCCCCGGCUCUUGGCUGAGCAGCCGCUCCUCGCGGAGGUCGAGGGGCUCUCGGGGCCGGACAGGAAGGCGCGUUUCCCGCAGCGCGCGGCAGACGAGGCCCGCGCCGCGCGAGCUCCGGACCCGCUGGGGGGCGGCGCCGGCCUGCUCCGCGUGGGCGCGGCGCCCGCCGCGUGCGGGCCCGUCUGCGCGCGCCCGGCCGCCUCCCGCGCCUGCGGCUCCUCCGCCGCCGCCGCCGCCGCCCCGCGCCUGCCGCUCCUCCGCCGCCGCCCCGGGCGCGGCCUCCGGGCGGCGCUGCGGGCCGCGGGCCCCCUGGCUGCCCAGGGCGCCUGGGCGCAGACGUCUGUGUUUGGCGGGCAGGAGCUCCGGAGGCUUGGGGUGGGGGAGGCCGCCCUGCGGCCCCUCCUGGACAGGAAUGGUCUGCAGGAGAGCCAAGACCACGGGGGCUGCUGUUCCUUCGUCCGCCUCAGCGUCCAGCAGCUUCCUGCCGCCGCGUUCUGUGCUUUGGAGGCGGAGGACGAGGAGGAGGAGGAGGAGGAGGAGGACGAGAGCAGCCCCAGCUGGGACAUUGGGGAUGUUCAGCAGCUGCUGUCCGGGGAAGAAAGGCUGAAGAGCCCCGCCCUGACCCAGGUGGGGUGCUUCUUAUUUGGCCUCCCCGGGGAAAAGGGAGCCAAGGCGCUGGAGACGGUCUUUGGCUGCCAAGUGUCAACAGAGGUCAAGCGGGAGUUACUGAAAUGCAGAUCAGUGUCCGACGGGAAUAAAGCCUGCUCCUCAACGGCGGACACGAAGGAGGUUUUGUACUGUCUCUACGAGUCUCAGGACGAGCAGCUUGUGAAGGAGGCAGUGGCCCAGGUCAAGGAGAUUUCUAUUCACUUGACAAGUACAUCUGAAAUGAUGCAGUCUUCUUUCUGCCUUAAACGUUGUCAAAACUUGGAGAAAGUUUCACUGCAGGUGGACAAGGGGAUAUUCCUGGAGAACGAUACUGCGCUGAAGCCAGACACUCAGGUUGAUCGGUCACAGCACGACCAUCACUCUCUUCAUUUCCGGGCAGGUCUCUGCUCUGUGUUCAGUUCAAACAAGAAUCUGAAGUUUCUGGAUGUGAGAGAAAGUUUCCUGAGUUAGUCCUCGGUGAGGAUUCUUUGCGAGCAGAUAACCCGUGUCACCUGUCAUCUCCAGAAAGUCGUGAUUAAAAACACCUCCCCUGCCGACGCCUAUCGGGACUUCCGCCUGGCUUUCGUUGGUAAGAAGCCUCUGACAGACUUGGUCCUGGAAGGCAGUGUCCACAGUGAUGAGCUGCUGCUGCUGCUGUGUGAGCUCUUGAAACAUUCGAGAUGUAACGUGCAUUGUCUGAGGUUGGGAUCUUAUUCUGACACUGCUCAGCGGUGGGCUGCUUUCUCCUCAGCUCUCAAAAUCACCCAGUCCCUGAAAUACCUGGGUCUCACAGCCAGUGAGCUCCUGGAUGAGGGUGUCAAGUUGCCGUGCGCAACGCUGAGGCCAGCGUGCUUCCUCCAGAAGUUGUCGUUGGAAAACUGUCACCUUACAGGAGCCUGUUGUAAGGAGCUGUCUUCCGCUUUGAUUGUCAACCAGAGGCUGACCCACCUGUGCUUGGCCAGAAACAGCCUAGGGGAUGGCGGGGUGAAAAUUCUGUGUGAGGGACUGAGUUACCCCGAAUGUAAACUACAGACUUCGGUGCGGUGUCAUUGCAACAUAAAAAGACAUGGCUGCAAAUAUAUUGUGAAGCUUCUCCAAGGAGACUCCAGCCUAACAAGCUUGAGCCUGGGUUUCAACCCCACGGCCACUGGAUUGUGUUUUCUCUGUGAAGCUCUGAAGAAGCCAAACUGUAACCUGAAAUGUCUGGGGCUCUGGGGCUGUUCCACUACUCCUUAUGGUUGUUGGGAUCUCACAUCUGCUCUCGGCAGCAAGCGGAGCCUGGAGACUCUGGACCUGGGCCAGAACGCCCUGGGGCGGAGUGUGAUGGUGCUCUUUGAGGCCUUAAAACAAAAUCGUGGCCCCUUAAAGAAACUCAUGAAGAUAGACGACUCAACCAUGGAAAUCCAGAGGCUGUUGAAGGAUGUGAAGGAAAGCAGCCCCACACUGACCAUCGAGUGUCAGGAUGCCAGAGCCACCGGGUCCUCGUGCUGUGACUUCCUGUCCUGAGCGCCCUGGGAGAAGUCUCCCAAAGCGGGAGGGAGGCCAUCUGGUAUCUCUGAGGCCUCUCGUUAACGAAGACCAGGUUGUCAGACGUUAGUUAC